GCUAUCAAUUAUGCAGAGCGAGCAGCCUCAUUAUCGGAAGCAGUACCUUGCCGCUGUGAUAGCAACGCUGGGAGCGUUUUCGAUUGGAACUAUCUUCGGAUGGAGUUCCCCGGUGGAGCUCGGGUUGGUGAAAAAUAGUGAAGCGGGAUUCGACAUUCGAGAGUCUCAAUUUGCAUGGAUUGUUUCGUUGAUGGGUCUCGGUGGCGCCGCCAUAAGUCUACCCAUAGGUCUGAUUGUGCCAACCUUCGGUGCCAGGAAUACACUGCUGAUGUCUGUUCUGCCAACGGUGCUUGGUUGGAUUUGCAUCAUAUGGGCGAACAAUGUGGUAAUGAUGCUGGUGGGCCGUUUGUUGACCGGCUUUGGAGCGGGUGCAUUCUGUAUGGUCGUCCCGAUCUACAUAGGGGAAAUGGCAUCCAAAGAGAUCCGUGGCACCGUAGGUAGCUUCUUUCAGCAGAUGAUUAAUUUAGGCUUAGUCUCUACGUAUGCCCUGGGACUGCGGCUGGAUGUAUUCUGGCUCAGCGUUGCCUGUGGACUCGUCCCGGUGUUGUAUGGAGUGCUAUUUUUCUUCAUGCCAAAUACGCCAACAUUUUUGGUUCACCGAAAGCAAGAGUCUGAGGCCAUCGCUGCAAUACACUGGUUACGAGGAUCGCAUUUUGAUGCAAGCUUGGAAAUCAACGAUAUCCAAAGUCAGCGGCAUCAGCUCAUGGCAGUCGGUGACGAUGGUUUUUCCCACAAUAAAAUGUCCGUUUGGAAGUCCUUUCGUCAACCAGCGACUGUUCGAGCUCUGGUCAUCAUGCUGGGAAUAAUGUUCUUCAUGCAGGCUUCCGGUGUUAAUGCAGUGCUGUUCUACUCCACCUCGAUUUUCCAGGAGGCCAACGUUGCUGGUGAACCGGAACUGGCAACCAUCAUUAUGGGAGGCAUGCAAGUGUUUGGAACCCUCCUGUCCUCGCUGGUGGUGGAUCGCCUAGGUCGACGAGUUCUCCUACUGACAUCGGGCAGCGUCAUGUGCGUCAGUGUGCUUACGCUAGGAGUCUACCAACUGCUGCUCUCCGAUGACUCAAGCCAGGUGGCCUCCCGUGCCGGGUGGCUUCCCAUCGCAGCACUGUGCCUCUAUGUGACGCUUUUCUCUGUCGGAUUUGGACCCGUGCCGUGGCUUAUGUUGGGCGAAAUAUUCGCAUCGGACGUAAAAGGACCGGCCAGUGCUUUGGCAAACAUGACUAGCUUUGCCAUGUCGUUCGUCCUGUCGUUGCUGUUCCCCUUGGCUCGGCAGUCGAUCGGCAAUGGAGCAACGUUUAUUAUUUUCUCCGGUUUUAGCGCUCUGUCAGUGGUAUUUGUAGCGUUUGUUGUGCCGGAAACGAAAGGUAAGUCUUUGAAUGAAAUACAACGCAUGCUGGCAGACAGCGGCAUCGGAAUAACCUGCCGGGGCAAUAAAUAA